AUGGAUGGGUUCCUCGCAUCACCUGAAGAUCUAACAGAGGAGGAAUGUCUAGAAUUGUUCUAUUUGAUUACUGGCGGAAUGCUGAAGCGCGCUGCCCAACCAGCGGGAGUCCACUACUACGCCUUCAACUACCCCGCUUGCUUAUUGGGAAUCCUGACGCCGGGGACGGAAGCGCCGAAACGAGCAUACACCACCCUGCUGACCCGCUUCAUCGAGCUCCACGUUUUGCCGCCAGCCGCAAUAUCGCUGCUUUUUUACAAGAAUUUUUCCGAGUCGCUCGAGUCCGGGUUCCGGGCCCUUCGAAAUCUUCUAAACAAGAAACUGGCAGCCUGCCGUGUGCGAGGGCAGCCUUGCGAUAUUCAGACUGAUGGACUCUGCAGGCUACGUGACGCCCAGGCUCACAUGCAGGCCUGCAAGAAUUUACGCAAUGACCUAAUGAAGGAGGCGAGCAAUUUUUGGAAUCGACCACUCGCACUGCCAGCUGGCGUGCUGCAGCCGAAUAUUCCUGAAGAACUACAGCUACCACAGAGCCUCUUGUUCGUAUAUGGGAAUGCCGCGCCAUCAGACCGGGCGUUUUUUAAACGGGACCCGUUUCCGCCCAAUGCGAUUGAAGCUUCCCUAGCAGAUCCUCCCGUCGAAGCAAUGUCGGUGAGCGCAGACGAGAGCGACCAGGACAUGAAUGAGGGUGAAGCUCCUGUCGAACUGGAACAAGCCACGCGCUCACCGAAUCAACAAGAUGACCUCGUCGACGCCACGGGGGCGCUCACAAUGGAGGACGAUGACAAAGACUUUCUCGUGUUGCCGCACCCCCAUUUCGCCGAGUUCUUUGGGGAACUUGCUCGGUUGACGAGCAUAAAGAUAAGGACGGUCGACACGGAGCAUGACGGCAGGCGGUGGCGCAGGCUGCUGGUUGAUGGGAUCCCGAAGGACGUGCUUUUUGGACUCGGCAUUAGUACCGAGGCCGAGGGAAUUCGGUUCGCUGAUGAAAGAGCGUGGGCAGACUUGUACUGCGCGUUCGCCAGGUUGCGCAUCAUUCCCCGGGAGAUCACCGGGCUUGUUCAAGAAUCGAAGGACUGGAUGAAGGUGAUUGCACGCGCUGUGGCUCCGCUGUUCUCCCAAUUAAUGUGGCGGUUGUUGCUAUGUACGCUCGUCUUCUUCCCCCUACUGCUCGUCUGCGGCCUGAUUCUCGUCUAUGGGCUCUGGACGGAACAUCCGAACAUCCUCAUUUCAUAUAUGGUCCUGGUGGCCGGGCUGCUCGUGGCGCGGAUGGUGACAGUGACGCGUGUUUUGAUCACGCUUUUCGAUCCGAAAUCGAAUUGGUCAUUGGAGCCGACGUAUCGCGCAUUUGGUGUUGCCGAUGAAAAGGGCGAAACUGUAACAUCCUACGCGCUUUUCCACCUUGGUUAUGCCAUUUUCUUCAUCGUCGUCUACGUGCUGUUCAUCUACAUUGUGGACAAAUGCCGCCGCUACUUCAUCCGCCUCGACGAGUUCAAGGAGACGCAGGCGCACAAUCUCACCUAUAAGCAU